AAUGGAAUCUUGUACCAAGCAUGCUGUCGUGGUGAAAAUCAUGGGUCGUACUGGAUCCAGAGGACAGGUGACUCAGGUGAGAGUUAAGUUUCUUGACGACCAGAACAGGUUUAUCAUGAGAAAUGUCAAGGGACCAGUCAGAGAGGGUGAUAUUCUCACACUGUUGGAGUCUGAGAGAGAGGCCAGGAGAUUGCGCUGAGCAAUGUUUACGAACGACACAUUGAAAUUCCCUUGAUGAAUACUUGAUAUUGGCUGGGAUGUAGUCCCUAUUUAAUAGCCUAUGUUUUUGUUUGCUUAGUCUCGUGUGUUUGGACAUGUCGAUUUUGGUCAUUUUGAUGCACUUCAGGAUUUUGGAAAAGUUUUAUGAUACGUAAUGUUUUUCAUCAAUGGCAGCAAACUAAUGGUUCUUGUUUGUUUUA